AUGAAUAUUUGUACCCCGUCGUCUGUCAAUAAUAGUAAUAAUAAACAUCGUCAAGCGAAUCACACCGCGAAUCGAGUCAGUAAGCCGGGUCGAAAAACAAUGAACGAACUGCAGACCAGAUAUCGUGAUAAGCUUUUGGCUUUAUGGAAUUCGGCGUUUUGUUUUAUGGAUGGAACGCGACGUGUUAUCGAUGCGUUCAUGGUGUUGCCAUCACGACAUGAUUAUCCACAGUAUUACGAUGUGAUCGAGAAACCGGUUGAUAUGAAUAUAAUCAAAGGGAAGAUCGAUGCUGAUGAAGUAUACAUAUCAUCGGACGAAUUGAUAACUGAUAUAAAGUUAUUGUUCAACAACGCUCGAACAUUCAACGAGCCCGGAUCGCAAAUCUAUCGUGAUUCGUCCAAGCUGGAAUCGGUUGUAAUGUCAACGCUGGCUUCAUUUAACGAUGCUCCUUUGUUCAGUCCGAAUUAUAUGAAGCAGAAAUAUGGGUGGGUGAACACGAAAUUGCCAUCGAAACAUCGUGCGAGACGAUCGAAUGCUGAGCGUUUAGAGCAGGACAGCGAUAAUCUUAGUCAUGAUGCUGAGCUGCAUUCUAUUAGAGAUGCAUCCGCAUCAGUAUCAGUUUCAACGAGCAAUGCGCGAGCGAUGCAAUGUGGUGAAUAUCAGCAAAUGAUCGAUCUGUACUCAUUGAUCAAGAACCUAAAAGAUCAUCGCGGUCGUCUUCUGUCCAGUGCAUUCCUCGAAUUGCCCUCGAAAUUGGUUCGUUUUUAUUGUUUAUUCUAUUGA